CAUUCUCCGUAAAUCUGCAGAAUGAAACUGAUCGCUGUGACUUUGCUCGUUGCCCUUGUGGCCGCCGCCCAGGGAGCCAAGCUCUCCGACAAGCUGGCCAAGAUCGUGCCUAGCUUCGCCACCGGCUUCGUGAUCAACGGCACGGAGGCGGAACCCCACUCCGCCCCAUACAUCGUCUCCUUGGCCACCAACUACGCAAAGCACUCGCACAGCUGCGGAGGCACCCUGAUCAACAAGGACUGGGUUUUGACCGCUGCCCACUGCAUUUCCAACCCAGUUGGCAUGAGCAUCAUUGCCGGACUCCACACCCGUGCCGAGGUGGAUGAGCUGACCCAGCAGCGCCAAGUUGACUUUGGCCGCGUCCACGAGAAGUACUCCGGUGGCGUUGGACCCUACGACAUUGCCCUGCUCCACGUGAGCGAGUCCUUCAUCUUCAACGAGUGGGUGCAGGCCGCCACCCUGCCCAGCCGCGAGCAAGUCCAUGAGGGAGAGACCCACCUGUACGGUUGGGGACAGCCCAAGUCCUACAUCUUGACCGCUGCCAAGACCCUGCAGACUGUCACCACCGAAAUUGUGAACUUCGACGAGUGCAAGGAGCUGCUGCCGGAAACCGCUCCCCUCGCUGAGACCAACAUCUGCUCCUCUUCCCUGGAACAGAGCAAGUCCGCGUGCAACGGUGACUCCGGCGGCCCACUGGUCGUUGAGCACAAGAACGCCCCCUCCGAGAUUAUUGGCGUCGUAUCCUGGGGCUACAUCCCCUGCGGACGGGCGAACUUGCCUUCCGUUUAUACCAAGGUGUCCUCCUACGUCCACUGGAUCGUCGACAUUCAGAGCGCCUACUACAAGCUCUUCUAGAUUGAAGGAAGAAACUGUUAGUCAGAUCUUGCCAGGAGCAGAAUCGCCUUUGAUCAGAGUCAUGAUCAAUUGUUGAAUAAAUGCAUCCAACUAAAUCGUA